CAUGAGCCGAAGAGGUUGCGUGUGAUCAGCCCCAGAGCAGCCACACGGACAGCCUUCUUGCAAGUAGAGAGAUCCUGCUGCAUUCGAUUCAAGAUGCCGUCUGCAAGCAAGCGCCAGCGGCUGGCAGCCACAGACCCGUUGCCGCCGCUGUCACGACCGUACCUCGCGUUGGGCUUGGAAGGCAGCGCCAACAAGCUUGGGUCCGGGAUCGUUCGUCACAAUCCAGACGGCAGCGUCGAUGUCCUCUCAAAUAUCCGGCAUACAUAUGUGACACCUCCGGGGCAGGGCUUCCAGCCCGGUGAUACAGCAAAGCAUCACAAGCAGUGGAUUCUGCAAGUCGUGCAGGAAAGCGUCAAGCGCGCUGACCUUAAAAAGGGCCUCGAAGAUGUCGAGUGCAUCUGCUUUACCAAAGGACCUGGCAUGGGAGCGCCUCUGCAAUCAGUGUCGCUCAUCGCCCGCACCUUGUCCCUGCUCUACAAGAAACCCCUCGUCGGCGUCAAUCACUGUGUCGGCCACAUCGAGAUGGGAAGGACGAUCACAGGCGCGCGCAAUCCCGUCGUGCUCUAUGUAUCCGGCGGAAACACACAAGUGAUCGCCUACUCCGCUCAGCGAUAUCGCAUCUUUGGUGAGACGCUGGACAUUGCUGUCGGUAACUGCUUGGACCGCUUCGCCCGCGUCAUCGGUCUGAGCAAUGAUCCCAGCCCCGGUCAAAACAUCGAGAUCGAAGCGAGGAAGGGGCGUAAACUUCUUCCGCUGCCGUACGCGACAAAGGGGAUGGAUGUCGCACUGGGCGGCAUCCUGACAUGCGUAGAGCAGUACACGCAUGACAAGCGAUUCCGCGCAAACAGCGCUCGUUCACAAGCUGCUGACAGCGCAGCCGCAGUGGGGAGCUUGGCAAAUGGCCCGACGCUCAGCGCUGACGGCAGGCACGUUGGCGGGCACUCAUCACCUAUGCCUGCUGCUGCUUCUCCUUUCGCCGACUUGCAGGCAGAUGUGAUCACGCCAGCAGACCUCUGCUUCUCACUACAGGAGACCGUCUUUGCGAUGCUCGUCGAAAUCACAGAGCGCGCUAUGGCGCAUAUUGGCUCACGCGAAGUGCUGAUAGUCGGCGGUGUCGGCUCGAAUGCUCGGCUUCAAGAGAUGAUGGGCAUCAUGGCGUACGAACGCGGCGGCAAGGUCUUUGCCACAGAUGAACGCUUCUGCAUCGACAAUGGCAUCAUGAUCGCGCAUGCGGGCCUGCUGGCACAUCGGAUGGGCCAAGUGACCGAACUGGCGAAGAGCACAACCACGCAGCGCUUCCGAACCGAUGUACCGUUGAUCUCUUGGCGCGCAUAGUUCGUCUUACAAUGUUGGGUAUUCCAAGUGUAUUGCUACAUGUUGUACUGCUACAGUGUCUUG